AGGCGACUCAUUCAUACUCACAAUCGUUGUACUUGUAUCCACUUUUUAUCUCUAUCGCUAUCCUAUCCUUCCUACUUUUUGUUUUUCCCGCCCUUUGCUUUUCUGACUAAUUUAUUCAUUGUAUGUUCGCAUGUUUAUUGCUGCAAUGAUUGCGAUUCCCUAUGAGACGUAUUUAUUUCCUAUUAAUUGCUUACUUCACGCGCUCCCCUUACAGCAUAUGCUAACUAUGUCGCAAGCACCGAUGCACAGCCACAUGAGAAGCAACGGUUAGGUCCUUCAGAAAAUGAAAAGGGACGUAUUAAAAGAACAGAAAUUGUACAGAACUAGAAGAACAAAGGUGGAGGUUCUCGUUCUUCAUUGUUCGCGAUAGAUACACAGAGCUCGAGGAGAGUCUACAGUUCUGUAUUAUUCUUCAAGCUCAGAAGAGCAAGAAGCGCUAGAGGUACUUCUAUCAAAAGUCUUUUUCUGUCUUUGUCAGCGUCUCCUAAAGCUGAUAUUGACCACCAAGAUGAUUGAUUCUUUCCAGUAGCAAUUCUUAGGCAGUCUAGGCAGUCAAAUUUGAUAUUUUUUUAUACACGCGAGCGGCUAACAAGUCUACCUUGCUUCUCCAAGAAAUAUUCAUCUUUUCACUUAUCGUUAUCGAUAUCAUUGUCAUCCGCUCUUUUGCUAGAACAAGACCAUCGAGCGACGUAAAGAUCAACGUCAACGGCAUGAGCUUCAAUAGUUAAAUUGUUUCUGGUCCGCGACGCGGCGUGUGUAAAUUUUGAUUUUUGGAAGUCAAGAAAGUAGAAGAUGUCAAAAAAAGCGAAAAAGGCUGGGAACACGUCGAAGGAGGUCAAGGCUGCACCAUGCUGGACUGAGGAGAACCAGGAAAGACUUGCUGAAGCUUUGUUCCAAUUCCAGUGCAUUGAGGACGUGAAAGAGCGUUUUGGUGCGAUAUCUACCUUCGUGGGGGGUAGGAAAUCUGCGAAAGAUUGCGCCGAAUUUGCUCGAGAGAACGAAGCCUCGCUUACGGCGCUGUGGCGCAAGAUUGAAAAUGAAAGGAGGGUCGAGGAAGAAAAGCAACGCUGGGAGAGCGUACUGGCGGAACAGGAACGAAACAAAAUGGUCUUCUACUUCUUGUUCUUGGCUCCGACAACUUUAUUCUGGAACAUUACACAUCUUUCUACAACAUGGAUGCUGAAGAAGAAUUAAUAUAAUUUUUAGAGAACUAUACAAGAGUUAAUAAAUAGAAGUAAUACUGUUUUGGAUUUGGAGUUCAUUUAUAUGGGAAGGCACCUUCACGUUCCCCUACUUGCCGACCCCGAUGGUAUACCGUCAGAUGAAAAUUUUCGAUUUCGAACAAAGUUCAUAUGCUCCCAUGAAACGAUUACGCAUCUUCUGUUCAAUCUAUUACAGGCCACCGAACGAGAACGCAACGCCGUGCGUGCACAGCAAAGAGAAGAGCAGGAGCGACGGCGAGAGGAAAAGGAGCACGAGCAGCGCGAAGCUGAGGAGAAACGGCAUCGCGAGGAGCGCGAAGCGUAUAUGAAAAAGGCCGCUGCCGACAGAGAGCGACAGAAAAGAAUGCAAGAGGACAAAGCGGCUCAGGCUGUUCGCGCUGCUCGUGAGCAGCUGGAGAAGAAAGAGCAAGCAAAGCUAGAAGCGAAAGAGAAAAUUCGCAAAGCAAAAGAAGACCGACUCAAGCGUCAGCAGAUGGAAGUCAUGGGAAAUAUACAAGCAGGUAUUUUUCUUAUCGAUGGAUGCAUAUUCUAGAAGUGGAUGUAGAGCAGCUAGUUGUAGUUCCAUCUUGAUCAAUCAUCGAUGAGCGUAGAAGGUGGCGAACCUCAAGAUCAACAUAGCAAUUUUUUUGAUCUUGUCUUACGAAACAUGUUCAUUUUGUUCAUCUUAUUUCUGUUACAUGAAAAUUCAUCUCGUCUUCUUGUUCUACAUCUUCAGCCAAGCGAACUGAGAUAGCAGAGGAGCGCGAUGCAGUUGAGAGGGCGCACUAUGGUUUAGAGACGACGUCCUCUGCGUCGACAAAAAGCAUGACGCAACACCUUGAGCGGUGCUCCAUACAGGAAUUGCGUGGUGGUGACGCCUCGUCGAGUUCAACUGCCAAUAUUCAAAAUCUCAUCCGGCAGGGCGCUGCGCCAGCAGCUUCGUCCUCAUCCAGUUCAACACAAGGGGCGCAUUCAUCUUCGAGUAAAGCCGCGAAUAUAGAUCAUGCGGUGUCUGACAGGUUUGCGGGAAAGGUCGUGAAUCCUGACGGCGGUCGCUUUAUGGUCUACAUGAAGGAUGGGGCCGCGGCCGCUAGCAGUGGAGGUGCAUCCUGCUCAUCCACGGCGAGAAGUCCUAAGCAAGCGGGUGGUAAAAAGGCACCACCUCGUGGCAACGGACAGCACUUGUUCAACCCCUUGCCUCGAGCUGCAAGUAACGAACAGCAGAUGAACACUGCUAGGGACCACGAUGGAGACGAUUUCGUCAGCUGCGGCGAGGAUGAAGAUACUCCUCGCGCGUCUCGGACGUCGGGGAAACAGAACCAAGCAGAGACGCUGCCAGUGACGGUGAGCAAGGCUGCAGCCAGUCGGCGAGCGGGCGCCAGGGCUGCGCUGAUUGGCGCCCAAGCAUCCUCUAGAGGCCCGGGAGGGCGAGCAGUGGCCAGCAGUAUGUAUCCUCGGAAAUAUUCCGCACCAUCUGCGUCCGACGACAAUUCCGAUUCAAGCUAUGUUUCAGAAGAGGAGUCGCAGAUGAGUGAUGCCGACAACGACCUCGCAGACCAGCGGAACGUUCUAGCCAGCCGCAAGCAAAUGAAGUACAACAAUGUCGCCAGCACCUCUUCAUCAUCUAACGGCCAGAGCAAGAAAAGUAUCGACCAGAGGAAGCUGGAAGAUGACAAGAUGUCAGUAGAAGAUGAAGCAGACGACCACGCACCACAGGCGUCGAACAGGACCAUUUCAGAUGACGAAGAUGAGGGUCUUACAUGCGGUCUGUGUGCGGACCAGCAUGAGGCCAACUCGCAUGGUUUCUGGGCCCAACAUCGAUGUGGCCACUCUUCUGUUUGCGCAGUGUGUACUCUGAAAUUCCGAUUCCUCAUGAAAAAGGCCCAGUGUCCUCUGUGUAUCACGGACCAGCCAACAUUCGUGCUCACGAGGACGCCACUCUCGAGCUGGGACCAGUGCAAGAUCGUACAUGAGGACGGCGACGACCCCUGGAGCAGCGACGGUCGUUUUCGUUGGGUCCAGGAACUCAAAUGUUUCGCGCAUGUCCAAGAGGAGCAAGACCUCAAGGCCGUGGAGACGUAAGAUUAUUCCGUCAACAAUUUCCGUAUAGAAGUUUCCCUUUUUCUUUUAGUACUUUUUUUUUACUUGUUACCAGAACCAGAUAAGUACACGACGGUCACGGUCUUUCAUAUUCAUUCUAUUCUUUGCUACAAUAACUAGAGUUGGAACGAGCUAGUACUUCUACAGGCCCUGCUGUGAUUGUGAACUGACUGUGAAAGACGCAGGAUGAUAAUGAUGCCACUGCUCUACUCUGUUCUACUUCCUCGUUAGAAGUACUUGAGGUUGUUGAUGUUCUCGUCCAUAAUUGAGUCUUAAUGACCUCCGAAUGCUACUUCACUAACUUCUUUCUUGUAUCAAUCUAGUAUUCUGUAUAGAAACGAACUAGUAUUUAUUAAGGGUGAAGAAGUAUCGUAAUCGUUGAUUGUAGAACGAGUAUUGAGCAUGAUCUUUUGGUGUCAGGUUUAAACGGAUGGCAACGUGGGACUCCUGUCCCAUGCCCAAGUGUCGAUGGCACGGGCGCGGCAACACGCGGGAAGACCUAAGCAAGCACUUGCAGAGAGACCACAAACACGCGCAACUUCAGUACUGUCACAUUUGCGUUGAACACCAGAACGAGUUUCCCCUGUUGAUGCCUCGCUACGACGUCACCAAAGGCGAGCUGGUCGCCCAUUGCAAUAGCAUGCACGAAAAAUGCGUGUUCUGUCCCGUGGAGAAAACGGGCUAUUUUUACAAUAAGCAAGAGGCGCUAAAGCAUUUAAGAGACUCGCAUGAAAAGUGCAUCACCUGCGACAAGGCUGGGAAAUCCGCGUGCUGGUUUCAAAAUUUCGAGGAGUUAUGGUAUCACCACGAGUCAACGCACUACGUAUGCCGAGAGGAGUACUGCUACAAUUUGAAAGCCUGCUGCUUCGCGACCCAAUACGACCUCGAGUCGCACAACCACCUGAUGCACAAAGGACCGAAGGCGACUCCUACCGUGGCCAAUGGGGGCCUCCCGUCCUCGGCGGCGAGCGGCACGCCGAUGACUGGAGCACGGGGAGGACCAACCUUGGAUGUUGACUUUCCCUCACUAGGCGCGGCUGCAGGCACGAGCGCGAGUAGCGUAGCUGAAGGGAGCACUUCUUCGACCAGUGGGCGUGGAGGAAUACGUACUGGGGGUCGCGGACCUCCUUUAGGAGGUGGCGGCUCUGUGGCACCUCCGCCCCCAGCCCGAAGCGUGGGCGUGCCGAAGCCUUCUCGUUCAGUUCCCAUAGAGCGCCAAGGAUGGCAGACCAUCCCUGGCCGAGGCGCAGCGUCAACAGCGGGUGGAGCAUCCAGUAGUUCCUCUUGGGCAGUACCACCACCAGGAGGAGGAGGCGGAGUAGGCGCAGGAGGCCCGUCGCAGCAACAAACAAAUAAAGCGAAGCAGAAAAAAAAGCAAGAUAAGAAAGCACUGCAGAACAUGGCAUUCAAGAGAGCAUGAAAACGAGAACGAGGACACAAUCACAAAAGACACGACGAGAAAAGAUUCUUCUUGCAGUUUGGGAAACCUAAAUACUCUAGAAGAAGAAGAAGUAGAACUACAAGUAGACUCCUUUUGGGGGUGGUCCUUUACCCAUUUGGGUGUUGGUGGCGUAUUUUAUGCCAGAGGGCUUUAGGAGCGUGCUCUGCGUUGUCGUUUUCCUCGGACGCCUGCUGAUCCCGGAUUCCCUGCAACGCGCUCAAGCACGGUGCUGUGUAGGGGAGGCAGCUGACCAGCCGGUGAUAUGCGUAACGGCCAGAGAGCGAUAGUCUUAGUGGCCGCGACGCGCAACGACAGGAGCAAGAGUCUGUUCGGCUUCGGGAUCAAGUUUAAGGCUUGUCUUUCUUUUUUUUUGACGAUCGAAUACGACCACUCAAUGUCAGUCGAGCAGUAAAAAGACAAUUUAGUUUACAAAUAAACUUGACCACAUCAUCUUUUAGUUUCCAAAAUCCAAAUAUACUUGACCACAUCAACGUCUAAAAAUUCUAAGAAAGAGAGGUGAGGAAAUUAGAUCGACAUGCGGUACUUCUUGACGUGAUGGCGCGACAUCUCCAGUACUACCGUUAAACGCAGUCGCAGUCAGACGCUUCCAAGAACGCUGCAUGACUAAGCAAGAGCGCGCACGGCACUGGCACUCGAACUCUUUUUUGUGGGUAAUAAAUGGUAGCAAAGGGUAUACAACACCAGAACAAUCACGACGGGAUGUGUUGCAGCCUUGAAGAUAAGUAGAAGUUUCUUUGUAUCUUUUGUAAAAACUGGUGGUAUGUUAGUAUCAAUUAUCAAAUCAGUUUCAUCUUGAGUGGAUAUAUGAUACAGGGACGCACGGCCCCGCCUCUGUGGUUGGCGCUGGCGCGCUCUUGUCCGCGCUGCUUUUCGCGGAUUCUCGGGGUGAAGGGCGUCGAAACCGGGAGCGGGCGCCCCCUUGCGCGUCUUUGCAGGUUCUCGACUGACGUCUCGGCCUCUGCCGACCCUCCUACGCAUGAGGCCUCCGGGGUGGAAGGCCGCCGAAGGCGGCCACGGUCUCGAGGCCUGGCCUCUUUUGCUGGGUUGCCCUCCUCAAGUGCGCGGCAAGAGCCAGCAGGCCGAUGACCAAGGGCCCGGAGGGCACAAGCCACACGGCUUAGGGGGUCCAGCCUUGCGCUCUUUGCUGCCUUCGGAGGCCUUCCACGCCCGGCGCCUGCUGCUGCGGCAUGAGGCCAGCACCUAGGAAGUCUGUAGGGUACAGGCAGGCAGCUGGAAGGGAGAGGAGGAGGCCCCGCGGACCCCUUUGGAAGCCUUCCACCCUCGGCAGACGCCUCCGGAAGGGGUCCGGGGGUCCACGCCCUCGCCUCCUACGCUAGGGGGAGGGGACUGCUACCCUGCACCCUGGAACGUAAGUAUAUGAAUAUGUAAACUUACUCUCAUCUUGACUGCAAUUUCACAGAAUAGCCGCGCAUUGGGUCCACUCUUCGCGUCGUUCUUACAAUUCGUAACCGAUAAUUAUAAAUAUAUAAUACUGACAUAGACACAUAUUCUCUAUCAUCUUCUUCGUCUAACUUGAAUUAAGUAAGAUUUGAUUGGAACAUUAUUACUAGAAGUAAGUAAGGGUUGUUGUGUUGAGCCGUCAGUUCGUCACCCAUGUAUCGAUUCUGAAAUUGGAGCUUCAGCUUGACUACUUACAAUUAAUGAAGGAGUUUCUUGAGGUAUCGCGGUUGCUCGGCGACGGAUGGUUGUCGUGGAAGUUUGCGUUAUUAAUCGUCCUCAUCUAGUUGUUUUCAGAACAGCAUGUAUUUAGUAAGUACGCUGUAACGCGAUCGCGCUUAUGUAUAUGUUGAAGUUGUAUUACCAACACGCUGCACCAGUAGUUAGAUCUAGAUUCAUUGUUGUGGCAAGAACUAAAUCUGUCAGAAGAUCCAGAUGAUUUAAUCCUUCGUUGGAUUCGGAUGUCUGUCUUCAUCACGUGUUUGUGCCCUAGUAUCUCGCUUUUCUCUCCUGCUUGAACAGCUCCACGUAUCAUGUUUCUAGAUUCUUAGGCUCCUCACAGUUACGCCCGGAGUCGGAACAGUUGCAAAAAUUCACGGCGUUCUUUGUGUCUUCCCCUUGUGUCCAUUUUCCGCUCCUUCAACCUACACCAUAGUACGACGACCUCUCCAUCUAGAAGACUGACUCGACGCAGCUGCAUUCUAAAAAGCAAGGGUGGUAGAAUAUACAACAAUGCAAAAACUUGUAAAAAUCUAACGCAGUCGCCAGUCGGACAUACCAGGC